GAGACUAAGAAAUUGUAAGGCAUUUCAGAAUCUCUAAUUCUUGAGACAAUUAUCAUUGGACAAAAGUUAAUGCAACGUACUACUAACCAUCUCUCCGAGAGCUACACCAACCUCCUAAGUCUCACACUCUCACUCUCAGUUGAUCAAUGGAGUCCUCUCAGGUGAAGCAGAACGAGGCGGUUCCUGCCCUCUCAACCCAAUCACCUCUACCUCCACCACCUCCCAAUUCACGGGCCACCCCACACCACCAACCAACACCACCAUCUUCUGCUUGUGCCCCUGCUUAUCAUCAAUGUACUUGCGGUUUCGUCCACCACUUCUCGCCAAACAUCACCCUCUCUCCGGCCACCCCUUACCAGCCACCAUCACCAGCUGCAACUGCUCCUUCUGCGCUCACCCAGCAAGAUGCACCAUCACCUACAGCUACUGCUGCUGCUCCUGCUCUUUCUGGUGUGGUCCCUCCUCAUGAAUGUAUUUUCAGUGGCGGCCACCGUCCAACAAUCACCACUCCCUCUCUGGCCAGCCCUCACCAUCCACCACCAUCAGCUGCUACUGUUCCUCCUGCUGCUGCUGCUACUGCCACCCCACACCAUGAACCAUCAUCUACUAUUCUUGCUCUUCCUGCAGACACCCCUUAUCAUGAACCAUCACCUUCUUCUGCCAUUGCUCCUACUCUUGCUGUGUCCACCCUUCAGCCUGCACCAUCAUCCACAACUGCUACUUCUUCUCUAUGUUUUUCUAUGCUGAAGUACAAGAGUAGGUUGAAUAUGCUUGUCCAGAAGUUAGACAUCUCAGAUCCUAAAUUUGAUACUGUUUGUGAGGGACCUGCACAUGCUCCAAAGUUUAAAUCAAGCGUGUGGGUAGAUAAUACUUGGUUCAAAUCACAAACCACUUUCUCUAAGCGGAAAGAUGCUGAGGAAGAUGUCUCCAAAGUCGCUUUAGAAGAACUGCAUGCAAGAUUACAUGCUCAGCAAGAAGUCUCUAAAGAUAAGGAUGAUGGACGCUCUCUUAUUUUAGAGAAGAGUCGACUUUCAAAAGCUAUCUUGUAUGAGUAUACUCUUAAAAUGAAGGUAGAAAAGCCUACUUACCAUACUAUUAGGCAAGAAGUUUUGCGUGGCCGUUUUAUAUCAUCUGUAGUUGUCAAUGGUAUGAGCUAUAAGGGUGAAGCCAAUAAAAAUAAGAAAGAUGCCGAGCAGUCAGCAGCAUGUGCUGCCAUUCUUAAAAUCCUAGGUGGAUCUACUUCAGGAAUACUCUCUGAGAUAUUGGAGUCAAGAUCUAUUGAUUUUGCUGCACCCGAGCGAGACACUUCACAAAGUGUUGAGGCUACUGCUCCUGUUUCUGUCAUAGCAAAUGGCAGUGAAACAGAUAGUGAAAUUCCUGCACCUUCUCAUAUGCCUUCCUCAGCUGGAGAAUUUCAGAUGCCUGAACAUGAAUCAUCCAUUGGAGCCUCCAUGCCACAAAACAUGUCUCUCCAAUCCGGCCAAGAGCAGUCUAUUGGUGAUGGUUCAACUUCGAGAAAGAGGCAAAGGACUGUAGGUCAUCAAGUUGCUUAUGGAAGUGCAACAAAUGAUGAACUUCCUCCGCCAUCUUAAAUGCCUUACUCAGAUGGAGCCCGAAGAUGAACCAUCCCUUGAAGCCAUCAUCUAACCUGUAGGUCUUCAGGUUGCUGAUUGAAUAAACAGCGAAAGAACUAGAGGGAUGUGUGCUUGUUACAGUGGCUGUUAUGUAACCUAGCAAAGCAAGGCACAUGGGUGUUCAUUUUACAGUGGCUUUUUUGUACUUGUUGCAGUCUUUCAAAUUUGAUGUUUUUCAGUUUUUCUUUCAAAUUGGAUGUUUUCUUUGUUGAGUAGCAAAGCAAGGCACAUGGAUGUUUUUCAUUUUACAGUGGCUUUGUUGUAAUUUUUAUUUGGUUUGUUAGAAAGGUCUUUUGACCCAGUAGGCACUAGGCACAGUGACCUUGGAGACUCUCUGGAAUCUGGAUAGAAGUGUUGGUUUAUGUUUGAAAGCAUGUAGCAUUUCCUUUUAUUUACUAUCUCUUUUAUACUCUCUUGAGAAUGCAUAUUUACA